AUGCAACUCAAGCUCCUCGCCCUCCUCGGGGCCCUAGCCCUAGCCCCCAUCGCCAGCGCACAGAACAACACCAUCGUAGUCAUCGACAACCUCGUCGAAAUCAUCAACAUCUUCCCCAAAUGCUCGCUGCAAUGCCUCUCCGACGUCAUCGACCUCAACCGGUGCCGCGUGGCCGAUUUAGAAUGCAUCUGCCACUGGGACCUCCACAUAACAGAUAACUUGUCGUCCUGCAUGACUAGGGGGCCGUGCAAAGGAACCCAUAAUGACGUUAGAGCCCGCGUGUGGGAUUUCUGCCAUAGAUUUGAUGAGAACCCCCCUGCCGAGGAGGUGGAGGCUGCCCGGAAAUUGAUGAGGGAACGAAUUAAGGAUCAGUCAGACUAUCUCGAUCAUUACGGAGGCGGGAGUGGAACUGCAGCAGGGCCUGGUACAACUGUAGUGGGCGCUGUGGUGGCGGCAGCGGCAGCGUUGAUCAUUUAG